AUGCCGGUCCAUUCCGCUUUGUAUGCCAUCCUUCCCUUCAUUUCCUCUAAAGCAGCUCCAGCCAAAGCCGACGCCGUCUCGUUGAUAGCCGUUACAAGGAAAGAGCCAUCCCCAACAACUCCAUCCGCAUUCGAUGCCGACCAAUUUGUAGCAUUCGAUAAUGCACUCGACAGUGGUGAAGCAAGGUGUUUGGUCUCGAACCAAUUGCUGUGCAUAUCAAAGAGGCACUGGUCUCUCCAUGAGCAGGACGAAAUGAAUAGUAUCAAGAGUAGCGCAGAGCAGUCUGCGAGGAUUAUGCAGGAAGGACACACAGAUGCAUGGUCUGUUGAGGAAAUAGGUGAGGACGAAGAAGGUCACGACGAAUCUGCAGAAAGACUUCAGUAUGCUAUCUUGAGGAAAGCCCUCUAA